CGAAAGCAUCAACGGUAACGAGAAAUUCAAAUUUGAAGAAUCACAUCACACCGCUCACAUCCAAAUUUUGAAGCACACUGUCUAAUCUUUCUUCUUCGCUCCCUCUCUCAAUCUUUCUCAAAUUUCAUUCUUCUUGCCGAGUUACAUGGAUCCGAUUCAACUCAACGAUUUUCAAAAUGACCCACAAACCCUAAUUUCAGAUCACCACGAUUCAGUUAUGGAUGAUUCCAACGACUCCAUUUUUGAUUCAAUCCUCUGUGAUUCCACUUCCAGACUCAUUCCAACUGGAUUCACUGCCAGAUAUGAAAACCCAGCAGAGGAGUGUGUCAUGUUUGUAAAUGCGGGAGGGGAAACUUUUAAUGAAGCAGCUGGUGGAGUUAAGUUUCUGGGUGACACUUUUUUUGACGGUGGCAAUGUUUUUCGCACAAAUGAGCCGAUAGUGGAAGGUGGAGAUUACCCGUCUAUAUAUCAAUCAGCUCGGGUGGGAAGUUUUUGUUAUAGAAUUGAUAACCUUUCUCCUGGGGACUAUUUUGUUGACCUUCAUUUUGUGGAGAUUAUUAAUGUAAAUGGGCCAAAAGGAAUGAGGGUGUUCGAUGUAUACAUACAAGAAGAAAAGGUUCUAUCCGAAUUGGAUAUCUAUGCAGUUGUUGGAGUCAACAAGCCACUACAGAUGAUUGAUUAUAGAGUCACUGUGAAGGAUGACGGGGUUUUAGUCAUAAGAUUUGAAAGUAUAAAUGGAAGCCCAGUUGUUAGUGGGAUUUGCAUUAGGAGAGCGACAACAGUUUCACCAGUGACAAGUGAUUUCAUGAAAUGUAACUACUGUGCUGCUAUGAUUGAAAUUCCUCCAUCACAGAUGAAAGUUAUGCAGACAAAAUCUACAGCAAAGUAUGAGAAUAAGAUAAAGGAGCUCACUGCGCAGUGCGAGCUCAAGGCAAAAGAAUGCUAUGAGGCGUGGAUGUCAUUAACUGAAACAAGUAGGAAAAUGGAAAAGGUCCAGAUGGAGCUGGAUCAAGUGACAUUUAAGUCACUCACUACUGAACAAACUGUGGAGAAACAAGCCGAGAACCUGAGGAGUAUUUCUAACAAGUACGAACUUGAUAAGAAGAAAUGGGCAGAAGCAAUUACUAGUUUACAGGAACAAGUAAAGGUGAUGAAGAGUGAACAAUCUCGGCUUUCCCUUGAAGCACAUGAGUGUGUUGAUUCAAUCCCUGAAUUAAAUGAGAUGGUUUUUGCAGUUCAGGAAUUGGUUAAGCAGUGUGAAGAUCUCAAAGUGAAAUACUAUGAAGAGAUGACACAGAGAAAGAAGCUCUUCAAUGAAGUUCAAGAGGCUAAAGGGAACAUUCGGGUUUUCUGCCGUUGUCGACCAUUGAAUAAGGGUGAAAUGUCAGCUGGGUGUACAACAGUAGUGGAUUUUGAUGCAUCAAAGGAUGGAUGCCUUGGAAUUUUGACAACUGGCUCCACAAAAAAAUUCAGAUUUGACAGGGUUUAUACACCAAAAGAUGAUCAAGUUGAUGUUUUUGCUGAUGCAUCACCGAUGGUAAUCUCUGUGCUGGAUGGCUACAACGUUUGCAUCUUUGCUUACGGACAAACAGGAACAGGAAAAACAUUUACCAUGGAAGGAACCGAGCAGAAUAGAGGAGUCAAUUACAGGACUCUUGAGCACUUGUUUAGAGUUAGUAAGGAAAGGAGUGAAACAUUUUCAUACGACAUAUCUGUUAGCGUGCUUGAGGUUUAUAAUGAACAAAUAAGAGAUUUAUUGGCUACUGGACCAACAUCAAAAAGGUUGGAGAUAAAACAAAACUCUGAAGGAUAUCAUCAUGUCCCUGGUGUUGUAGAAGCCAAGGUUGACAACAUAUGUGAUGUGUGGAAUGUACUGAAGGCUGGAAGCAAUGCUAGAGCAGUUGGAAGUAAUAACGUUAAUGAGCACAGCAGUCGAUCUCAUUGCAUGCUGUGUAUAAUGGUAAAGGCUAAAAAUUUGAUGAAUGGCGAGUGUACCAAGAGCAAGCUUUGGCUUGUGGAUUUGGCAGGUAGUGAGAGACUUGCAAAGACUGAUGUGCAAGGGGAGCGACUUAAGGAAGCUCAAAAUAUCAAUCGAUCUCUUUCUGCUCUUGGAGAUGUGAUAUCCUCUUUAGCAGCCAAAAGUAGUCACAUUCCGUAUAGGAACUCUAAAUUGACACAUUUACUCCAAGACUCACUCGGUAUGUCUAGCUAUUUCAGCUUUCUUUGUGUUUGUUUUUCAUUUUUGGGAUCUGGUUUCUCUAGGAUUAUAUUGGAAAAGUUUGUUCCAUACUUUAUUGCAGGAGGUGACUCAAAAACUUUGAUGUUUGUACAAAUAAGUCCAUCAGACCAGGAUGUAGGUGAGACUCUGAGCUCACUUAAUUUUGCAACUAGAGUGAGGGGCGUUGAGUUAGGUCCUGUUAAGAAGCAAAUUGAUACAAGUGAACUUCAAAAGACAAAAGCAAUGCUUGACAAAGCACGGAGUGAGUGCAGAAGUAAAGACGAAUCUAUGAAAAAACUAGAAGAAAGUUUGCAAAACAUUGAGAGUAAGGCCAAAGGAAAGGAUCAUGUCCACAAAAAUCUACAAGAAAAGAUUAAAGAACUUGAAGGCCAGAUUGAGCUCAAAACAUCCAUGCAACAUCAAUCAGAGAAACAAAUUUCUCAAUUAAGUGAAAAGUUGAAGGGAAAAGAAGAAACCUGUUGUACUCUCCAACAAAAGGUCAAAGAGCUCGAGAGAAAAAUAAAAGAACAGCUGCAGUCGGAGACAGCAAAUUUCCAACAGAAGGUUUGGGAUCUAGAGAAAAAGCUGAAAGAUCAGUCGCAAGGGUCUGAGUCUGAAUCUUCCUUUUUAAAAGAUAAGAUCAAGGAGCUUGAGAGAAAACUUAAAGAGCAAGAGCAGAACUCAGAAAGCUUGCUUAAACAACAGAUGAAGGAACUAGAGGAGAAAUACAAAGAGCGAGAGCAACAGUGGAAGCAAACUCAUUGUUAUGUUGAAGCCGUAAAGAUGGCUGCCACACCUGAGAUAGCUAAAAGCCGCACAAGUGAUGAAUGUCCAAACGAGAUUGAGACUCGCAUUUUAUGUAGUUCAAACUCGGUAAACCGCCAAAUAAGUCAAGACUCUGUUUUGGCAAAAGGGAAUGAUUCUACUCAUCAGAUGAGAAACAAAAGGCAGCACAGAAGCAACGAAAUUGAGAACCAUUAUGUCAUACCAUCGUCCUCUUUACGCGAUAGAAAAAUUACAAGGAAAUCUGAUCCACCACCUAAAAUUUUAAGGACCGGUAAGAUAACAUCAAAACCGACUGCCAUUGCUAGUCAAGCUCCCGUGUCUCAUAAGAGAGCUAGCACAAGCAGAGAUCAGGCUCAAGGAGUUAAAGAGAGGGACAGUAAGAAGAAAAUAUGGUCAAGAUAGAAGAAGGAUUUUUCAUGUAAUAACAAUUGACAUUGGAUAUUAUUUGUGUGUAAUUUUUAGGUAGAGUUUCCACCUUCUCUUAUGAUGAAAGUGUGAUUGAAUUUAUUUUGUCUAGAAAAUACAGGUUAUACACAAUCAUGAUUGUGUAAUAUUGAAUGAAGGUUAUACACACUAUCUCAAAAAUUAUAAUAUGGGUUGUGGUAUUGUUUUGUAAUUAUGCUUACUGAGAUAAUUGACUCUUUUUUUAAUUUAAUAUUUACAUAAUUCUGGUUUCA